AUGGUAGCCAAGACUACGUUUCCUGGGCACGGAUCCACUCUGCGGCACAUCGAACAGUUGUCCAGGCGGGUGGUACGCGUCCUGGGCUGUAAUCCAGGUCCCAUGACCCUGUAGGGCACCAACACCUAUUUGGUUGGGAUCGGCCCCAGGAGAAUCCUCAUUGACACUGGAGAACCGGCAGUUCCAGAAUAUAUCAGCUGUUUAAAGCAAGCUCUGACUGAAUUUAACACAGCAAUCCAGGAAAUCAUAGUGACCCAUUGGCACCAUGAUCAUACUGGAGGCAUAGGAGAUAUUUGUAAAAGCAUCAGCAAUGACACUACAUAUUGCAUUAAAAAACUUCCACGGAAUCCUCAGAGAGAAGAAAUUAUAGGAGAUGGAGAGCAACAAUAUUUUUAUCUGAAAGAUGGAGAUGUGAUUAAGACUGAGGGUGCCACUCUAAGAGUUAUAUACACACCUGGCCACACUGAUGAUCAUAUGGCUCUACUUUUAGAAGAGGAAGAUGCUCUCUUUUCUGGAGAUUGCAUUCUAGGUGAAGGGACAACUGUAUUUGAAGACCUCUAUAAUUAUAUGAACUCCCUAAAAAACUUAUUGAAAAUCAAAGCUAAUGUUAUAUAUCCAGGACAUGGCCCAGUAAUCCAUAAUGCUGAAGCUAAAAUUCUACAAUACAUUGCUCACAGAAAUAUCCGAGAACAGCAAGUUCUUACAAUGUUUCAUGAUAAUUUUGAGAAAUCAUUUACAGUAAUGGAGCUUGUCAAAAUUAUUUACAAGGAUAUUCCUGAGCAUUUACAUAAAAUGGCUGAACAUAAUCUCUUGCUUCAUUUGGAAAAAUUAGAAAAAGAAGGAAAAAUAUUUGGUAACCUGGAUCCUGACAAGAAAUGGAAAGCCAAUCUUUAGUUUCAGAUUAAUGACUGCUUUUGAUGUUUUGUUUUUAGAGAAUGGAAAACCCUGUCAGAGCCCUACACUCCCCCCUACAAUGAAACAAGACUCCCACUUCUGUCAUCUCCUGAACUCCAACCCAUUUCCUCCCACUACAAGUAACUGGAUGCUAACUCCCAUCGCGGGGGGCAAAAGGAUGUGGGAAUAUUACUUCUUCCAGGCCCCCAAAACAAACACAGGUCAAUAAAGGUUUCCAAGGAUAAAAAAAACAAAAAACGGGAUCCAUCUGUAUGUCAUUUAAAGAGAUUCACUGUAGAUUAAGGACACUGUAGAUAAAGGGUAGAAAAAGAUGUUCUAUGUAAAUAACAUAAAGAGAGUUGAGGUGGCUAUAUAGUAUUGUCAGAUAAUAGAAUUUAAAUUUAAAAAGGUUACCAUAAAGGAAUAAGGACAUUAUUUAUUGAUGUAGAAAGUCAAUACAGCAAGAAGAUAUAAUAAUUGUAAACAUAUAGAGCCCAGAAAUAUAUGAGGAAAAACUGCCAGCAUUGAAAAGAGAAAUAGAAAGGUCUACAGUAAUAGUUGAAGACUUUAAAAUACCCUGCCUUCAGUAGUGAAUAAAAUGACUGGACAGGUUAAGGAGAUGGAGUGCUUGGACACCACUGUAAACCGGGUGGACCUAACAGACGUGCAGAACACCCCUCCCAGGAGCAGCAGGAUAGGCAUUCUUCUUAACUGCACAUGGGACAUUCUCCAGGACAGGCCAGACUUUAGACCACAGAGAUUAUCACCUUAAAUUAAAGAGUAUAUUGAGGGGCAGUUUUCAUAUAUACUAAUUU